AUGGGACUGCCGACCGAGGCGGACAAGCAACGUCUCGCAGAUGAACUGGAGGCGGCCCCCACGUUCCCUUCACAAGAGCGGGUGGCGAGCACUGGCAAAGGGGGCAAAGGCGGCGCGGGCAGGCUCCCCGACAUUCUCACGAGGAUGAGUCAUCAGAGGGCCGCUCCACGUCUCGCAGCGGGCGUGGGCAGUCGCGGACCGCUGGCACCGUGGACCUGGAUGAUGACCUGGAGUGCUGGCGGCGACAGCAUGCGCGCGGCGCCAGCGCAGAAGGGGCUCCUCAUGACGCCUGGGCGGCCGCGGCUGCUCGCGCGGGCCUGCCCCGUGUUGGCGGAGAGAGUGCUCCUCGCCAGCACCCAGCGCAGGCAUCGUGCACCGGCCUCGCCAGCGACCUGGGCGCACCCCCGGCUCGGCCUGGAGCAUCCGCGGCGGCCUCGAGUGCGCCUCGCGCUCACGGGGGCGGCUGUGGCGUCUGCGAGCUCGAGCAUGUCGAAGGCCUUCCAGACGGCGCUCGUCGAGAUGGCCCAGCAGAACGACGGCCGCUUCCAGGCGAUGGAGGACCGCAUCGCCCCCAUGGAGGAGAAGAUGGUGCAGGUCGACCAAAUGCAGAGAGAGAUCCAGAAGUUCAAGGAGCGCUGGGACAGGGCGACGGACGCCGCGGUCGUCGCAGUCUUCGCCAAGACCGCGCUCUCCAAGCCUGCUGUGGAGCAAGCUCUGGCCCCGCUGGUUGCAGAGGCACAGCUCAACGACCACGUGGUGCUGGAGGGCGACGCGGUCUCGCAGCGCUUCCUCCUCCGAUGCAAGGGCGCGGCAGCCCUGGCGGCCCGUCGGGUCAACAAGUUGCUGCAGCUCAUGCGCGUGGGGCAGGGCCAAUGGCGGGAGAUCCAUGCGGCGGCCCCGACGGGCGCGCAGGUCCUCCUCAAUCUGGGAAAGGAUCGGAACCGUCGUCAAGUCAGUCACGAGCUUGCCCUCAAAAGGAUCAAGCAAGGGAUCGAAGGUCUGCUCCCGCACAAGCUCUUCAUGGAGAAGGACGCGGCGGCGCUGUCGCUGCAAUGGACGCAACUGCUGCGGGUGCAGAUCGAGCCCCCCUCGGCACAACCCCAGGUGCUAUGGAACAUGGCGUGCAUCAGGAAGCUGAAUCUCGACAAGGUCGCGCUGGCGGAGGCGGCGGAGCGUUUCGCGUCGUGGAACACCAGGGCCUUCGCCAGCUACCAGCCGAGGCUCAUCAAGAAGAAGUUGCGCUACCUGCAGACGCAUUGGCGGGGUCCAGUCGCACUUGGGACGCAGGAGACGCACGCGGGUGUGGAGACCAUGCAGCAGCUGCUUGGUCGUACGGCCCGAGAUUUUGUUUGCUUUGCUUCAUCACCAAUCGGAGCUCUUUCUGAUGCGGGCGGGGUAGCCACUGUCUUCCCUGCGCAGACGAGUGGCGACCGCAUCACAUACAUCCCGUUCGACGCUGUCCCUGGCCGCGCCCUCAAGGUGUCGGCCCUCAAGUCAGGCGCUGAGCUCCGCCACUGGAACGUGCGCAACCACGGCUUCACAGCGGACGUGCGCUCUCGUCUUCUUCAACAUAUUCGAGCUGACCUCGCCUGGGCACACGCCGACCCUGCUGCCCGCGCCGCGGUGGUGGUGGGCGACUUCAACUACGGCGACGUCAUGGAGCAGGAGGUGUUCGGCGCACAGCCCCCUGGGCAAGCACCGUCUGGGCCGAGGGCGCACGCCCGGCGUGCCUGGGAGGAGGCGACGCGCUUGGCGGUGGGCCUUGCUCCUGCCCGAGCGACGCACUGGCAUCAAGGUCUGCGUCGUGCUUCCAGGAUUGGCAAAAUCAUGGUGAGCAUUCCCCGCUGGGCCCUCUGCCAGCUCCGGCAAUCUGCUGCGGUGUGCGGAGAGCCAGGGGAGCUGCACAUCAAUGAGGUGAGCGACCACGUGAUGGUCAUCGCGUCGAUAGCGCCGAGGGCGCUGCGGCCCCGCUCUGGGCCCCGCCCCCAUCCCGAGAAGGUUGGUCAUGAUGCCGCGCUUCCGCGAGAUCGUGGAGCUCUACUGUGCGGAGGUGAGCUGGGACAAGCUGGCCCCCCCCCCGACGCGUACGCAGCGUAUGUCACGUCCCUCCAGGCGGCGGCCAAGCUCCUGCAGACCGAGUUGCUGGCGACGAACGGUGGCGCGAAGGGCCCCAACGCCAUGAUCUGGAGGCAACUGGCCCGUGCGUUCUGGCGCCAGGACGCCGCGCUGGCGAGGGUGGUGAUGGCGCAGAACCCCUGGGCGUAUGACGUGGUCGAACUGGGGCCGCUGGGCCAGCCGCAUCAGGUGGCGCUCAAGGACCCCGCCGAGUUCGAGCGCCGCUACACGCAGCACCUGGCCGCGGUGGACCUCCCCCAGGGCGCGGUGACCACGCAAGAGGGCAUGGCUGAGGCGCCGGCGGCGCACUGGAAGCCUGUCUUCGACCCGCCCAAGGACGCAGCCUCCGAGAGGAGGAAAGCGAGGAUGCAGAAGCUGUACCUCGAGCGCUUCGCCACGCCGGCCCCCGAGUGGGAUGCGCUCCCUCCGCCUGGCCCUGAGGCUCUGCGCUAG